UUAUUGGCGACAGAGCGGGAGGGAGCUGGGAAGCGCAGCCAAGGAUGAUGGAGAGAGGGAGUACCUACCGGAGGAGUGGCCUUCACGAUCCCAGCCCAACACGCGGACUUUGUUUAUAACGUGUGGAAGGGGACAAUGUGGAGACAUCUCACGUCGCUUCCCUUUCUCAAACCCUGCGGCAGAUCGUUUCACCCUGUCACUGUAUCAGGAGCCCGUCUACGUUCGGUUUUAGACUGGAGUAACUCAUCUUCAGAAAUCACUUUCAAGAAAUAAAGAGUCUGAGCACCAAUUAGAAACUGCUGAGACGAUCCACUGGGUGCUGUACCAGAGACGACCACCUGUACUUUUUUAAAAUGAUGACGAUGAGGACCCUGGGGCCACAGAGGGACUGUGUUCUGCUGGGUGUGUUCCUCCAACUGCUGUUGCUGCUACCAGACACCACCUCUACAGACUCCACCGCUGCAACCUGGAACCAGAGCGGACCCCGACUAAAGCUCUCACACACAGACUUGCGUUGGAGGAACAGUUCCAGCGUGUUCUGGGACCGGGGUGUGAGUGGAGGUUACCAGUCCAUGCUGCUGGAUGAGGACCGUGGCUGGCUCCUGGUAGGGGGUAGAGACCACAUCUACCUUCUCCACUCGGACAGCCUGACUCUUCCUACACGCACGAUUUACUGGCCAGCUGUGGAGGAACACGUGGAACACUGCAGAUUGGCAGGGAAGAACCUGUCGACUGACUGCGCCAACUACGUGCGUCUCCUCCAGCCCUUCAAUAAGACACAUGUGUACGUCUGUGGCACCGGGGCCUACCACCCACAAUGCACCUACAUAGACCUGGGACACAGCACUGAGGAGCCGUUGUUCCGUCUGCAGAGCCAUGCUGUGGAGUCUGGACGGGGGAAAUGCCCCUUUAGUCCACGGGAACCCUUCACCGCCAGGCUCACCGAUGGAGAUUUGUAUGCGGGGACGUCGGUGGAUUUUAUGGGUACCAACGCAGCUAUAUUCCGUACCUCUGUGCACAGCAGCAACCAGCACUAUAUACGCACUGAGGCCUACCAGGACCACUGGCUCAAUGAGCCAGAGUUUGUGGGUUCCUUCUCCAUUCCAGACACACAAAGUGUGGACGAUGACAAGGUUUACUUCUUCUUAAAGGAGACAGCUGUAGAGUCCAGCCAGUGGGACAAGAGGGUUUACAGUAGAGUGGCACGCAUCUGCAAGAAUGACGUUGGAGGGAAGAGGAGUCUGAUUAACCGUUGGAGUACCUUCCUCAAGGCCCGUCUGGUGUGUUCCGUACCAGGACCUGGGGGACUGGACACACAGUUUGAUGAGCUUGAGGAUAUCUUCAUUCUGGAGACCAAAGACUCCCAGAACCCUGUCAUCUACGGCGUUUUCUCAACUUCCAGUUCUGUUUUCAGAGGGUCAGCAGUGUGUGUCUACUCCAUGGCCUCUAUCAGGGCAGCCUUCAACGGUCCGUUCGCCCAUAAGGAAGGGCCCGACUACCGCUGGGUGGAGUACAAGGGGAGGAUCCCAUAUCCACGACCUGGCACUUGUCCCAGUGAAACGUAUGACCCCCUCCACAAGUCUACUCGUGACUUCCCUGAUGAUGUAGUGAGCUUCAUGAGGGGUCACCAGCUGAUGUGGGAACCCAUCCUUCCAAUCACCCGCCGGCCCGUCUUCACCCGCGUCAAUGUGCCCUACACUCUACGAAGGGUGGUAGUGGAUAGGGUGGAUGCUGAGGAUGGGCAGUAUGACGUCCUACACCUGGGCACAGAUGAUGGCAAGGUGCUGAAAGUGGUGUCUGUCCCCAAAGACAACUGGGAGACUGAGGAGAUCAUUCUGGAGGAGCUGACCGUCUUUCAGACUCAGGCCCCCAUCCUUAACAUGGAGCUGUCUACCAAACGACAACAGGUGUACGUGAGCAGUGAUGAGGGGGUGGUCCAGUUACCGCUGCAGAGGUGUGAGCUGUACGGUAGAGACUGUGUUGACUGCUGUCUGGCCAGAGACCCUUACUGUGCCUGGGAUGGGAACAAAUGCAACCGAUACUUCCCCAGCAACAAGAGGCGAGCUCGGCGCCAGGACGUGAAACACGGGGAUCCGAUGAGCCAGUGUUACGACGCAGAAGACGGUUCUGAGUCGGUGGAGGUGAAGGUGGUAUACGGAGUGGAGAGUAACGCAACCUUCCUAGAGUGUGUACCCAGGUCCCAGCUAGCUACAGUCAAGUGGACAGUACAGCCACCACAGGCGCACACCAGCAGAGAGCUGCUCCAGAGUGAGGAUCGUAUGGUCCACAUGAUGCGGGGUCUCCUGGUUCAGCGACUGGAGCCAGGGGACGCUGGCCUCUACAGCUGUACCACCCUGGAGCACUCCUUCUCCCAGGUCCUGGCCCGCUAUAACCUCCAGGUCAUACCCCAACAAAGCAUGACAGCAUCCCAGGCCAAGGCAGCUGAUCCUAAGGCUGGGGGAGCAGGACUGAGGUGGAGUCCUGGGAGCCACACCCAGAGCCACGCCCAGCUCUUCAGGAAUUAUAAGGACCUGCACAUGAUGGGCGCAGCUAGUAUGAGCGUAGACGAGUACUGUGAGCAGAUGUGGCACCGGGAGAAGAAGAGGCAGCAGAAACUACGUCAGCUCAAGUGGAAACAGACCCAGGUGGACAACCGCAAGGCCAGGGUGAGACGGCACGACUCCACUGAGGACAUCACAAUACAAUGACCUACGGAUGGCGAUGGACAGAGACUUUUGGUUUGCGUCUGAAAUGUCACCCUAAUUCCUAUAGAGUGCACUGCUUUGGACCAGGGUCCAUAGGCCUAAGGUAGUGCACUUUUAAAGGGGAGGGCUAUAGAGGGCUAUUGUAGAUGUAACUCUGGAGAUGAAGGGAAUGUAUACAGCAAGACCUCAGUGGUAGUGCUGCACAUGAGCAGACCCUUUGCUUUGAACAGAUAUGUACGCUUAACAUUAUUAUCAGUCAGUUAACCUUUUUGUCCAUAGAAGUAUCAUUUUGAUAUAGAUGUUCUGGAUGUAUAUUCCUCCUCAAUCCUGAUCCUUGAUCCCCUGUAUUCUGUGUAGACAGAAUCAUGAUCGUUCUUUUUGUACCCGGACCGACCCGUUAAAGUCUAUUAUUGCUCUCUGGACUGGUAGGUUUGUUUACUGAAUAAAAAGCAGGCCGGACAGUUCUCUGUCACACAUGUCGAAUUUCGAGGGCAAAUACACUGUCCCAGAACUACAACCACAGGUCUUCAAGAACUACAACCACAGUUGUCCCAGAACUACAACCACAGGUCUCCAAGAACUACAACCACAGUUGUCCCAGAACUACAACCACAUGUCUCCAAGAACUACAACCACAGUUGUCCCAGAACUACAACCACAGGUCUCCAAGAACUACAACCACAGUUGUCCCAGAACUACAACCACAGGUCUCCAAGAACUACAACCACAGUUGUCCCAGAACUACAACCACAGUGUGGACAGUGUGAUGUGGUUGGUCCCUUCCAUCUUCCUCAGUGUCCCUUUCUAUGUCUUCAGACACCCUCAGCAAGACAUGAUAACAUAUUUGCACUUACCAUAUUGUCAUGACAGCAUUGAAAUAUGCUGUAUGAAGAGUAUGUAAUGCAAUGUACAGCAUAUACAUUGAAAAUGUAUAUUGUAGGGUCACUCACCUGCGUUGUGGACUUUAUCUACCUUGACUUAGUUUUUUCAAACACAAAACUAUUAUUUUUAUUAAGAAAAAUCUUUCAAUGUAAAGCAUUUGGUAGAUACUUUUUUGUGUGUGUUUGGUUUUCACUUGUUAAUCAAAACUCAGAAAUAGAACCGUACAGGUAAUACAUUCAUACUGUACACUCUCAUCUAGAACCUAACAUGGUUAUUUGGCUAUCCCCAUAGGAGAACCCUUUGUAGAACAUGGAACCAUGGAACACAAAAGGGUUCUACCCUGGAACCAUGGAACCCAAAAGGGUUCUACCUGGAACCAAAAAAGAUUCUACCUAGUUCCAAAAGUGUUCUACAAAGGGUUUUCCUAUAUGGAUAGCCGAAGAACCAUUUUAGGUUCUGUAUAGCACCUUUUUUUUCUAAGAUUGUACUCUAAUACACUUUUGACAUAAAAUCUGUGGAACAACUCACAUACUAUUCUAUGGUUUUAGAUGAAGUGAAGAUACCUGCUUUUCAUAUCUUAGAGGAAUGAGAAAAACAGCUUUAUGAGCAAGAAAUAUAUACGCAUUUGUGGUUGAAAAUCAUGAUGAAUAAGUAGGUGGGAACCUGAAACACACGAAGGAAGUCCGGCUCACACUAGACUUCACUCCUGGUAAUCAUCACGAAUCUCAUCAAUUAACAAGUGUGGGACCAGCUGGGUAUCAAACCCUAGUGCAGUAGAUUCACUAAACAUAGAAACAAUGUGUAUUUUCAACAUCUUGUGCUCACUGAAUGAACAUGUUCAACUGUGUGUGGACUGUGUCACUUGUUGUUUAUCAUACAGUUAGCACCAUCUAGUGUUGGUUGUUGUACACUGCACAAGUAAGUUACGGUAGACCACAUGUUUUAUUAUACAGUGCUGUCAUUAUUUAAGCAAGAAUGCAAUCUAUUUAUUCUACGUAUGUGUACUGUACACAGACUUACUAUAAGAGUCAAAGCAGUUUAUAUUAUAAAUCCAUACUGGGAACUAUUUUCAGUGAAGCACACUUUUUAAUAUUCGUUAUUUACACAUCACGGUAGAUAAUGGUUUGGUGAUGCAUUAGGAUAGAAUGCAUUGUAAUUUCAUGCGUCAUAAUGCUUUGCUUUAUGAGGUAAGCCUGAUAUCUUUAUAAGGAAAGAUUGGUUCCUGAAUUUGGACACAUUUACCGUUCUCUUCAUGAGAUACUGUUAGUCUACACAUUGUGUUGAGCUAAAUAACUGCAAGUAUGACUAUAACGUAUAAAAGCCACCCAUCCACAGAGAACCAAUUGAUUAGGGGAACAUGAAUAUGUGCUGCAUUAUUCUGAAGAAAUAUCUGAAUGUAACCAAUGAUGUGUCUAAACCCUGGAUGGCUGGCAGCCACAGGGGGCUCUGUAAAUGAAGCCAAUGCACAGCCAUCUUGGUACUCCUCCAUUGUAAAAAAAAGAUUUUGGAAGCUAUAAAAAUGCAUUUAUUAAUGUCUACAUACAUUUUUGACAUGUUUAUUCUAUUGCAGACACCUUAAUGCAUACUUUUAAAUUAUAUUAUGUGAGCUAAACUUAAAAUGAAAAAAUAUGUCCUUAUCCUUGAAACAUUAAAUUAAAAUGCUGUCGAGUUCCACUCAUUUGGGCUCCCGAGUGGUGCAACAGUCUAAGGCACUGCAUCUCAGUGCUAGAGGUGUCACUACAGACCCUGGUUCGAUUCCAAGCUGUAUCACAACCGCCUGUGAUUGGGAGUCCCAUAGGGCGGUGCACAAUUGGCCCAGCGUCGUCCGGGUUAGGGUUUUGCCGGUGUCGGCAUUCAUUGUAAAUAGAAUUUGUUCUUAACUGACUAGUCUAGAUUAAUAAAGGUUAAAUACAAAAAUUUAAAAAAUUUAAAAUCCUAUGGAGGACUGCUCCUACUGGGGAAUGCCAAUAUGACCAAUGCAUAGCAUCAGCAAUCCAGGGUUUAUAUACAUCAUUGAAUGUAACCUACAUUAUCCCUCUAACUGACCUUGUGCAUAUCGUGAUGACUAACAAUUUAUACAAUUAAUUAAAACAUGUUUUACACUAAUGUAAUUAUAUUUUUCUUGAUUUUGUUAUUUUUUUAUCUAUAAUUUCUGGCAACAGCUCUGGUGAACAUUCCUGCAGUCACCAUGCCAAUUGCAAGCUCCCUCAAAACAUCUGUAGCAUUGUGUUGUGUGACAAAACGGCACAUUUCCGAGUGGCCUUUUAUUGUCCCAAACACAAGGUGCACCUAUGUAAUGAGCAGGUUGUUUAAUCAGCUUCUUGAUAUGCCACAACUGUCAGGUGGAUGGAUUAUCUUGGCAAAGGAGAAAUGCUCAAUAACAGGGAUGUAAACAAAUUUGAGAGAAAUGUUUUUUUGUGCAUUAUGGAACAUUUCUGGAAUCUUUUUUUUUCAGCUCAUGAAACAUGGGACCAACACUUUACAUGUUGUGUUUAUAUUUUUGUUUAGUAUAUAUUACAGAGGGUAAAGAGUAUCACUACAGGAUUAUAUCUACAGUGCCUUCGGACAGUAUUCACAGCCUUCAGCCCAUAACUUUUCCCACAUUUUAGCGUGUUACAGCCUGAAUGUAAAAUUGGAUUGAAUUUAGAUUUUUUGGGGGUUGUCAUUGGCCUACACACAAUACCCCAUAUUGUCCAAAUGGAAUCAUGUUUUUCAAAAUUAUUACAAAUUAAUAAAACAUAAAAAGCUGAAA